AUGGCGACAGUCACAGAGUACGGGGCUCGUAGCUCCCUUGAACCGGACGAGAAGCUUACAGAACCCAGGGCGCCGGCCGACACCGUCAAAACGGAAACCACGAGCUCCGAAAUCGACGUCACACAGAAGCGAAAGGCGUCACCAGACUCGUUCGAAGGCGAGGACCCGUUCAAACGGCCGAAGAUCGAGGAACGCGACCCGCCUACGCAAGACUCGGCGCUCUCGACGGACUCAAGGCCGCGAGACCAGGGUGCAGACACCAAUGCGCCCCGGCGCGCACCGUUAUCGAAGGACGAAGAGAAGAAGCGGGGUAAACGGUUGUUCGGCGGUCUUCUCAGCACGCUGAGCCAGACCAACGCCAGCUCCCAGCACAAGAGGCGCAGGGAAAUAGAGCAGCGGCAGCACGAGCGGGCGCAGAAGCAGAGGGCCGAAGACGAUAAGCGAAGAACAGAGAAGCUCGCGCGGAUCACCGAGGCGAGAUGGCGGGAGCAGAUCAAGCUGGACGAGAAGGCUAUGAAAACCCGACACGUGAACAUGCUCGCGAUGGCACAUUCUCUUAGGUCGAAGGCUAAACCACCGGUUUACUACCGACCGUGGAAGCUCACGAGCGAGCAAGAGGACCGGAUCGAUGGCCAGAUCGAAGACGCCAGGGUUGUCAUAGCAAGAGAAGUCGAAGCUUUCAGGGGCCGAAAGGAAGAACAUCGACGGCGUUACGGACAGACUUCGCCUGCGAGAGACGAGGUGUCUGCACCCGUGGUCAUGGAUGACGCGGCGAAGGCCAACACUGAGCCCCUCCUGGUGGAAGCUCCCACGCACGCUCCCACUGUCGCGAACGAGGUCCCAUCUUCACACCACCAGCACGACGAACCCGGCGACGUUGUCGAGGACGCCGAGGACAUGGUCAUCUACUGA